AUGAUGAUGCAAGUAGCAGCAAUAUUUGCCUUAUUGUUAAUCAUUCCUUUAACCAUCUACGGCCAAUCUCCGCUCAACGGUGGCCAAAUUAUUGUUAAAAAUCAAGAUCUUUCCAAUGGUUUAUUGAAUCCUAAUGGAGGAGCUGCAGCGAUUCUUAGUUCAGCACCGCAACCCAAAGAUCAAAUUGGAAAGCGGCGACGAAAGAGACAAGCAAUUCUUGUUCACCAACCACAAAUUCAUUCCACUCUUCGAGAACUGUUCGACAGUCCUAAUGAUAAGACUGAUGUUGACGUACAUAUACUUUUUCGUGAACACCAACCGUUCCCUGACCAUUACUCAACAUUCGACAAUUUCUCACAAUACCUUUCAGCAUUGAAUACCCAUCGAGAGCCGACAAAUGCUGAACGGCGUCAGAAACUCAUCAACGACUAUGGAGCUGAAAUAUUAAAUGAGUUCUGGCUUACAAAUUCCAUGUUUGUCAAAAUGCCUCUAGAACACGCCCGACGAUAUGCACAAGAACAAGAACAACAUUAUAUUCUUCUUCAUCCUGGUCAUGAACAAGGUGGUGUUUGGGGUUUACAAGAUUUGGGUGUUGCACGUCAAGCUGUUGGCAGCGAUUGGCUUUACAAUGCUCAAGCUUCACUUAACAAUCUUCAAGGAUGUAUAGCCGUCAUCGAUUCAGGUGUACGAAAAACACAUACAGUAUUCAAUUCGCCAAAUCGAAUCAAUCUAACGCUUGAUUGUAUUUAUGGAGGAUCUUCGUGUGCAGAUGCAAGUAUAAAUCCAACUCAAUACGAUGUUGAUGAUGACUGCCUUUCACAUGGAACUACUGUCGCUAGUAUUAUUUCAGCUAAUUCAAAUGCAGGAGAUUCUUUACAUGGAAUGUCACCAGCUUGCAUCAAUUCUUAUAAGGUAGUUCAAACAUCACAUUCAGCCGGUACAUCAACCUGCACAACUUAUUUGAAUAGCACAUGGAUUGUGACUGCUAUUCAGGCGGCGUUAGCUAAUGGAGAUCGAAUUAUCAAUUUAUCAUUGUAUACGAAUUGUUUGAACCAAUCGUCAUGUGAGGUUACGCAUGCUGUCGAUGCUGCUACUGAUUUAGGAGCUAUUAUCUUUGUUGCAUCAGGUAAUGAUGCAACACAAGGUCAACAAAAAGCACCAGCUCAUUCCAGUAAAGUUCUGACCAUUGGAGCGGUCGAUCUACUUAAUUUAACUCAUACAGCUACAUAUCAAGCGUCAGGACCAACUUCCGAUGGACGAAUCAAGCCUGAUCUUCAAGCUCCAUCUGGCCUUUGUACAGCUUACAAUGGAUGCGGUGGUAUUGGAAAUUGGUGUCCGACUAAUAAUAAUGGCAGUAACAACGGUUUCUGGACAGUCGAUGGAACGUCAGUCUCAACACCGAUCGUCACCGGUGCAGCCUAUCUCCUAAAAAAGCAAUUGAUUAGUUACGGUGCGACUAAUCCCGAACCUGGUCUCAUCUAUUCAUGGAUUUUAUCUCUUACAAAUGGUCCUCAAGUGACGAAUACAACAGGUGCUGGCCUUCUCUCGCUUGGCUGGCGUCAAUGCACAUUCAUGUGGCAAACGUUGUAUGCCAAUCAGUACAUCGUAAACAAUUUCGAUAUUGAUUCGGCAAGCGAUUCAUACGGAUCGAAACGAAUGGAUGUUGCUAUAUGGUGGCCAGAAGACAGUAAACAAACUGUUCGUCAUCAGGUAUCACUCAAAUUAACCAGUCCGCAAGGUAUUCUCCUGGCACAAACCAAUGCACCACAACAAGUCUGGCAAAAAAUUACUUACAUACAACCAGGAAAUACACGAUUACCCAGCGGUACAUAUCAAAUUCGCAUUGACGUUGGCACCCUUCAACCAGCUGCAAAUUACAUUCGUGUUUUUCUCACUGCUUGUACUCGACCAGAAUAA